AUGAGGGUAAAAAGGCAGUCCAGCGGCUUUGCCAUGUGUACCACAGACUGUACCAACAGCGAGGUUACAGUCCACCAGGCCACAGUUCCCCAUGUGCCCUGCAACUGUCCCCUGGACUGUAGUGAAAAAAGUGAUCAAACUGAUGGCAGCCUUGGAGCGUUGCAGGCACGAAUAGAGGAGCUUGUCGUCAUCAUCAGAGUGCGAACACAAAGUCUUUACAGACAAAAUGAUAGCAACAAGAGGCGACACAGAAUUCGCAAGGUCAUCUUAGUUGAGAAGAAACGCUUGGCGGCUGCUGUUGACGACUACAACAAGAUUGCUGAACCAACAAAACAAAUCGUAUCAAGCGAUGCCCUCAUCCAGACUGAUAUUUGGCCCUGGCAGAGCACAAGUGAACCUGCUGCUGACCUCCAGACAAAGAGAAAGGUCUUUGAGAAGGUGAUGGCUGUGAGGCGCCUGAGAGAGGAGGAGAUGAUCCUUUGCAGGGAGAUGCGGCAUCACUGGACAGUGUUGCGAAUGCGAUCUGUGGUGUUGGGGACAAUCUCCUCAGACUCCUCCCUUGUUGGCAUGUCGGAGGAUGCACAGAAGGGACUCUGUAGCCUGGUUUUAAAAAAAACAAAGUGAACUGAAAGCUGAAAUGCUCAAAGUAAAGGACAUGUACAAGAGAAUCCUCAGCCACCAACCACUCCUGGAAAUGGACUCGGAGGAGGAGGAGGACAUUCCAGACGAUGCCACUGGGAGUGAUUUGAG